CACAGCCUCAUCCCACCCCAGAGCCAGUUGCACUGGGGGCCCAGUGAUCCCUUCCCAGUAGCCACCAUGAAGCUGGAGAAGGAGCCGGAGGCGCCGCUGCAGUUCUCACUGGCAGCAGAGUCAGACUUUGAGGAGGUCGUGGCCAUGUCCGAGGGCAUCUACGGGGGCCUGGACUACCUGCCCAGCCGCUACCAUGCCUGGUUGCGUGAGCCCCAGCGCACUGUGGUGCUGGCGAAGCGUGCUGGUGCCGUGAUCGGGCUGCAGUCGGUGGUCAUAAUUGAUGGCGGGGAGACAGCACUGGUGGAGGGGCUACGCGUGGCCCCCUGGGAGCGGGGCAAGGGCGUCGCAGGGGAGCUGCAGCGCUUCUGCGCUGGCCUCAUCAAGCAGCAGCACCCGGGGGUGAAGGUCUCACGCCUGACCCGCGAUGACCCACUGGGCCCCAAGGACUUCCGCAAGUACCGCAUCGUGGCCAAGCAGGUACCCACCAUGCCCCUUAAUGGGGUAUUAUGGUAGAUGCAGCACUGGGUGAACUCCCAUUAGAUGUAUUAUGGUAGCACAUGCCCCCCCACCCCCUCCACCAGGGUCUAUCCAGGAUGUGGGGGUUCAUAGUAGGUAUACUAUGGUAGUGCUGUUCCCCUCCCUUAGGUAUAGAUCUAGCAAAGAUGGGGGUGGGGCACAUACUAGGUAUAUUAUGGUAACACUGCCCCCCCCCUUAAGGGUGUAUCCAGCAAUCUUGGGGGGUUCAUACUAUGUAUAUUAUGGUAGCCCUGAUCUGCUCCUUAAGGAUCUAUCCAGAAAUGGAGGGGUCAUUCUAAGUAUAUUAUGGUAGCACAUGCCCCCUCCUCAAGGGUCCAUCCAGCAAUGUAGUGGGGUUAAUACUAGGUAUAUUAUGGCAGCACUACCCACCCCUGACCUAUCCUUCAGGACAGAUCCAGCAUGGAAGGCUCAUAAAUAUAUUACGGUAUCAUUGCCCACCCCUCCUAACCCCCUAUGGGAUAAAUCGGGCCGGGGGGGCGGGCUCCUAAUAGCUAUCUUAUGGUUCACCUUCCCCCACUCCCCUAUCAUGGGGGGAGGUGGUAUUAUGAUAAAUCUGAGGCUGGGAUCAUAUUGGGUAUGGUAUGGUAUCACUGCCCAGACCAUCCCCUCCCCCCACAUCAGGGUCUUCUGGAAAGGGAGGGCGUAUGUAUAGUAUAUUACGGUAGAACUUCUCACACUCAGAUCCCAGCUUAAUGGGGUCAUAUUAGGUGUAUUACCGUAUCGCUUCCUAGACACCCCCCCCCCCACAUCAGAGUAUUAUGGUCUAUCUCAUACGUGUGUGGGGCUUCUAUGCAGUAUAUUACGGUAGAGCUCUCCAAACCGCCCUCCCCCCCAGCAGGGAAUGAAACCCAGGCGUCCGGGCUGCCAUGUGACCCCCCUCCCCCCAACCUGCGACCCACUUUCUCGCGGUCACGUGAUCGGGGGGGGAAUCCACUAGCCCCGAAAUCGAUCUGGGCGCGUGACACGGAAAGAGGAAGGGGGGGGCGGACGCCCGGGCUCCGUGGGGGGGGCAGCGCCGCGCGCCCCCCGUGACCCCGCGCCCCGCGCCCCCAGGCCAUCCUGCACCUGCGCUUCGAGGCGCCCGAGCUGCUGCCGCGCUUGGCCGAGGCUGCGCGGGACCUGCCGCCCCCGGCCCCGCGGGCCCUGGCGCCGGCCGAGCUGCGGGCGCUGCUGCUGGGCGAGGGCGCGGCGCGCGACCUGCUGCCCGGCGGGCUGGUGCUGCAGGACUGGCAGCCCUACCGCCCGCUGCCCGCCAACCUGCCGCUGCUGACCGCCAAGGGGCUGCUGGGCGCCGGCGGCGCUCCCGGCCUGGCCUCGCUCAGCGCGCCCGCCUUCACCGUGCCGCGCGGCGGCGCCCAGCUCAGCCUCGACGCCUUCGGCGGGCGCCCGGCGCCGGCGCAGCUGCCCGCGCACCUGCUGCUGCACCUGGGCACCCGCCUGGCCGGGCUGCGCGGCGCCGUGGCCUGCCAGCUCUGCCUGGCGCCCGAGCUCUGGGACGGCGCCGCCCGCUUCUGCCGCGACCGCCUGGGGCUGCCGCCCUCCCGCCCCUACGCCGAGCAGGUGGUGCUGGAGGCCGACCUCUAGGGGCGCCCCGAGCCCCGGGCAGGGCCCGCCGGGGUAGAGCGGGACAGGACCCGGCCGGCCGGGCGCGGAGACCCCCCCAUCUCACCUGUCCAGGGAGGAGAUAGGGCCGGGGGGGGGGUCCAGGCACCCGAAGAUCUCACCUGUCCAGAGAUGAGACAGGGCCCAGGCGUCCGGCCGCUGAGAC